CCACGAUUGACCAAACCCAAGAGAGCCCUGAAAACGCGCGGCCCGACAUGACUGAAGCUCACAACACCAAUAGCAAUGCCAGUCCCAACGUCCAAGAGACGUAUAUCCUCCAUCGUACUCCAUGGAGGCCACCUGUCGUGAAAUCCGCCGAAGGGAUCACAUUCACUUUGGAAGAUGGCAGAAAGGUUAUUGAUGCUGUUGGCGGUGCUGCUGUAGCGUGUUUGGGAGGCAACCAUCCCAAAGUUAGCAGUGCUAUCAAAGACCAGUUGGACAAAGUUUCCUAUGUGUACAACAUGCAGCUCUCCAAUGAGCCAGCUGAAAAGUUGGCAAAGAAGCUGAUUGACACGAGCGACGGAGCGUUUGCUCUGGUUGGCUAUGCGUCCGGUGGUUCUGAGGCAAUGGAAGGUGUCCUAAAGUUGGCUCGACAGUACUACACCGAAAUUGGCCAGCUGGAACGCGUCAAUUUCAUCGCAAGGAAGUCGUCCUUUCAUGGUAACACCCUUGGAACACUGGCGUGCGCGUACCACCCUACCCGACGCGGGUUAUACGUCCCAUUGCUAGAGAAAGAGCACUUCCAUCACGUCUCUCCUGCGUAUGCAAAACGAUACCAGCGUCCUGACGAAACAGAAGAGCAAUACGUGGAACGUCUAAGGCAAGAGCUCGAGGACAAGUUCCUUGAACUUGGUCCCAACACGGUCAUAGGAUUUGUUGCAGAGACGGUGGUAGGCGCGACAACUGGAGUCGUUUCUGCACCGAAGGGUUAUUUCAAAGCCGUCAAGUCUGUUUGCGAAAAGUACGGCGCCCUCUUCAUUCUUGACGAGGUUAUGUGUGGCAUGGGCCGCAUGGGAUCACUUCAUGCUUGGCAGUCUGUGGGAGAUGGAGUUGCACCUGACAUCCAAGCUGUUGCAAAGGGCCUCGGUGGAGGAUAUGCAACCAUAGGUGCCAUUCUAAUGUCACCCAAAGUCGUCAACGGCAUCCGACGACAAUCCGGUCUUUGGAAACACGGUCAUACAUACCAGGCGCAUCCACUGGCCUGCACAGCGGCGCUGGCCGUCCAGGAGGUCAUUGAAGAGGAGAACCUGUUGGAGAACAUCCGCACCCAAGGGGCCUACUUUGGGAGGGCUUUACGGGAGGCACUGACAAGCCCUUCGUCAUUGGUCCGGCCCUUUGUUUUUGAUGUGCGGGGCCAGGGAGGAUUCUGGGCAGUGGAAUUUGAUUUCGACAACGCAGAGGCAGCUUCAUACGAUUUCAAAGGGGAGUCCUUUUCUAUCCUCACACAGGCGCAAGCGUUUGAAGAUGGAUUGAUUGUGAUGGGGAUGUCAGGAGGUGCAUCUCUGGAUGGAAGCAAAGGAGAUACGAUCAUUUUCGCGCCCGCCUACAAUGUGACAAAACAGGAAGUGGAGAAGAUUGUGGAAUUAUUUGCUAGUAGUGUGGAAGAAGUUCUUAUGAAGCAUCGUGUAUGAUUAUUAUGUAGAAAAAUGGA